GUAUAUAAUACUGAUACUACGCAGCCUACGCUUCCUCUUCCCCAAAAUUAGAUAACGAAAAAAACCCUAAAACAUCAGAUUUUCUGGGCUCACUCAUUCUUGUUGGCAAGUUACCAGUGUUUCUGCUUAGAUUUCAUUAGGUUUUUUUUACCUUUUUCCUUUCGGUGCGAGUGUUUUAUUUCCAAAAUUCAACGGACUCUCUCUUUCUCCGUCAAAGUAACAUGGCCAAAAUUGAAGUCACUUCCAGGGUGAAUUCUUAACUGAACGAUGGAUGACUGGGAAGAUGAACCUGUUCCAGUUGUUCUCAAGAAGGAAAAAGUGUUAAGUAAUUGGGACGAUGAAGAUGUGGAAGAUAAUGAUGUGAAAGAUUCUUGGGAAGAUGAUGAUGAACCUGCUCCAGCACCUAAAGUUGAGGCUCCGGCUCCUGAAAAGGCCCCCAAGAAGGCUGCAGCAAAACUAAGUGAAAAGAGAGGAAAGGCCGUUGAAGCUGCAAAGGAGGCACCUUUAGAUCCAGUAGAAGAAAAACUUCGCCAACAGAGGCUUGUGGAAGAAGCUGAUUAUAAGUCCACAACAGAAUUGUUUGCAAAAAAGGGUGAUGAAAAUACUCUCGAUAAUUUUAUUCCCAAAACAGAAAGCGACUUUGGCGAGUAUGCAGAACUUGUUUCUAACAAGCUUCGCCCAUACGAGAAAAGCUUUCAUUACAUUGGACUGCUGAAGGCAGUAAUGAGAUUAUCGUUGACUUCUUUGAAAGGCGCAGAUGCCAAAGAAGUUGCCUCUUCCGUUACCGCAAUUGCAAAUGAAAAGAUAAAAGCAGAAAAAGAGGCUAAUUCUGGCAAGAAGAAGACAUGUGGAAAGAAGAAGCAGUUGCAUAUCGGCAAAACAGAGGAUGAUGUGAUUGUGGAUACAUUUGACGAUUACGAUGAUUACGAUUUUAUGUGAGCUGGCUGGUGCUAGUGCUAGUGCAAGUGUGGAAGAGUGGGAAGAAGUAUAUUUUUGAAGUAUUAGAGUGUGUACUAGUUUUUUGAGUCGAAAUUGACGUCUGUAUUAGUGGGGUUUUCACUUUGUGAGUCAGUCUUGGAGAUGCAUUAUUUUUCCUUUGUGUUAACUUUAUUCAUUUGUGGAUCCAACAUUGAACAUAAAGAGGAAAGUGCAAUACAUCGUC